AUGAACUGUGUUCUCGAAGGACGUGGUGUAAAAGCAUUUGGAAAGGCGGUCCAUGCCCUGUCACGGAUUGGAGAUGAGCUGUGGUUGGACCCCAUGGUCAGAGGGCUGGCUCUGAGAUCAGUGAAUUCUGCUCAUUCUGCAUAUGCCUGCUUCCUCUUCUCGCCGCUGUUCUUCCAGCACUACAGCCUGGGAUCAGUAUCAGAGCAGGGCCGGAAAACAAUUAAUUGCAAACUGAUCAUGAAGUCAGUUCUACCUCUUUUCCGGUGUUUGACUUCCAUUGAGCGUAAUGUGGAGCGAUGUCGGAUAUCAAUCGGCACUCCCGAUGACCGAGUGGUGAUCCAGUUUUUCUGCAGGCAUGGCAUCACUAAGACCCACAACCUAUGUUUCCAGGAAAGUGAAGCUCUGCAGGCAGUGUUUGCCUCACACCUCUGUCCCAAUGUGCUCAAAGCUCCUGCCAGGCUUCUUGGUGAUAUGGUGAUGCAUUUCCCAGUGUCCCAGGAGGAAAUCACUCUGUCCAUGACUCCUCUGAGAGUCAGUCUGAGAAAUCACUACGAGGGGGGAGACGAUCACAUGAAGAAUAUGUACACCGAGAUGUCCUUACACCCAGACGAGUUUGACUACUUUCAGAUCGGAGUGGAGUCGGAUAUAACCUUCUGUCUGAAGGAGUUGAGGGGUUUACUGUCCUUUGCAGAGUCACAUUGCCUUCCGGUGUCGGUCCACUCCGGCGCUGCAGGAAAGCCUGUGUGCUUCUCUGUGGAGGACUUGGUGCUGGAGGCCACUGUGGUGCUGGCUACUCUGAUGGACUCUGAAAACAGGGGCCCCUCUCAGCCGACGGAGACGCAGGCCCCUACUACACCCAGGUGUGCUGGUGGUCUACCUGUGGGUUCACGGGAGGCCGACAGCAGGAAGCCUCAGGGUACUCCUGCUGUGAUGGAGCUGAUAGCCUCCAGCCAGGGCAGCCCCAUCACCAACCCAUCGGCUCUGAUGCUGCUUCUGCAUCAGACAGACGACUUGAACAAGCUGGUAGCUGAUGAGGCCUGUGUCAGCGCCACCACGACGCCGGCUUCCUCCACGAUCUGCUCCCUCCUGUUCAGAGCCUUGUCAUCUGAGCAGGACAACAACACACUGCCUGUUCUAGCAUGUUACAGUGACGAAGAGGAAGAGAAGACGAGGAGCCCUACACCCUGAGAACAGCUGUUACUCACGACUACGUUUCUCACCUCAUGUUUGGUCUUACCUGUUAAAGGUAGGCCGCAACAUUCAGCUGCACGCAG